CAAUUUGGUUACAGCGGUGAAAUUGUUACAUUAAACUCAGUGGGAACAGGCGGCUGGUGGGAUUGAGGGAAGAUUAGCUGAUGUAGGUGUUUUGUUGGAGUUGAGGAAUUGACUGAGAAAGAUCUAGAAAUUUAGAAGUCCUGGCGUUAUGUCAUUACAUGAAAGGAACUAAGUGUGUGCACCUUUUCCCAUUGACUCACACGCACAUGGAAUGCUUAUUAUCUCGAUCGUGUUAGAAAAGUGACCCCCAAAUCCCGUGUAACAAUGUUCAUAUCUACAACUUGCAAAGAAAACACGAAUGCCAUGAAUACGGAAAAGGUUUCUACCAACUACAUGAUCUGCGCCAACUGCCAGAAAGUUCUUCGAAAGGAAAAUGGUGCAAGGGUCCCUCAACCUCUGGCAUGUGGACCAACUGCUUUCAUACCAGAAAAGGAGAGGUUAUAUACAGUCUGUUUCAGCCUGGGACUGAGCAGGGAGGAGUGUGAGCCACUGGCAGAGGUACAGAGCUGGUGGGCCAGGUCAAAGAUUGCACAAGAUAAUCCUGUAGAUGGACAUACCAGCUUGUUAUUUCUUGAAGAAUACUCCACCACUGGACACCCUGAUAACACAACAAAAAUCAUGGGUUUACACCCUCAAUACCUAGAGUCUUUUCUCCGCACCCAGUAUUACAUACUGCGCAUGGAUGGACCACUCCCCUUUGAACACAGACACUACUUGGCAAUAAUGGCUGCUGCCAGGCACCAGUGUUCCUAUCUGGUAAACAUGCAUAUAAAUGAGUUCUUGCAGGUGGGUGGAGACAGUGAAUGGCUAAGUGGCUUGGAGUACAUCCCCCAGAAACUGAAAAACCUCAACGAAGUCAACAAAAUCCUUGCCCACAGACCCUGGCUGAUCACUAAGGAACACAUUAAGAAAUUGCUUAAAACGGGGGAGAACAGCUGGUCCCUGGCUGAGUUGGUGCAUGCCAUGGUGCUGUUAGCGCACUAUCAUGCCUUGGCAAGUUUUGUCUUUGGAAGUGGCAUUAAUCCAGAGAUUGAUCAAGAUACCAGCCACAGCUUCAGAGCACCAGUCGUCAGCAACUUCUGUGUGUGCAGUAGCACCAAUGAGAGCCAUGUGGAAGAUGUCGUAUUUGUGCAGAACAGUCCUGGGACUUCUGACUCAGUCAGUGAAUUGGAGGCUCUGAUGGAGAGAAUGAAGAGACUUCAGGAGGAGAAUGAAGAGGAAGAAGCAUCACAAGAGGAGAUGGCAACACGUUUUGAAAAAGAGAAAAAGGAGAGUCUUUUGGUAGUUGCUGGAGCUUAUGAAGAUGAGUGGAUUCCGACCUCUUGCAUAUCUCGCUAUGUAGACGACCCAACCUUUGGGUAUAAGGACUUUGCCCGACGAGGAGAUGAUCAGCUUCCUACAUUCCGGGCACAGGACUACUCCUGGGAGGAUCAUGGUUUUUCUUUAGUUAAUCGUCUUUAUUCUGAUAUUGGCCAAUUGCUCGAUGAAAAAUUUCGCAUGGUUCGCAACCUGACCUACAACACCAUGGCUAUACAUGAAGAUGUGGAUACAACCACCUUAAGAAGAGCUAUAUGGAACUACGUUCAUUGCAUGUUUGGAAUAAGAUACGAUGAUUAUGAUUAUGGUGAAGUCAAUCAGCUGCUAGAACGGAGCCUGAAGGUUUAUAUCAAGACGGUGACCUGCUACCCUGAAAGAACCACAAAACGCAUGUAUGAUAGCUAUUGGCGGCAAUUCAAACAUUCUGAAAAGAUCCACGUUAAUUUGCUGUUGAUGGAAGCACGUAUGCAGGCAGAACUCCUGUAUGCCCUGCGAGCUAUAACUCAGUACAUGACUUGAAAUCAGGAGAAAAUAUUUUCUCCAAGAACAUGCUGACAGUGGAAGCUGAACCAGUGCUGAUUCUGUAUUUUUUGGGGCAGUGACAAUGAAUCCAUUCUAGAACAUUGUCCAAAACAUUAGCCAUUAUGUGCAAUUUGUGCUGACUAUAGAAUAACUGAAACGUUGCUAAAGUUUAACACUGAAAAGUAAUCUUACAACUGAUAUUACUUGCCAAAUUCACAGCCUAUUGAUAAUCUGUUUGCCUGUGCAAUUGUUACAGUCAGGUGUAAAUGUGAAGUGGUUUGUGAGAGAAAGCUGGUGAAGGAGGAUCUUGGUAAUUUCCAAAAUGUGAAUCAACAAUGCAGACACUUCUAUAAGGUUUUGUUUGCUUUAAAUCUAGCGUGGAGAUUGUUCACCCUCCUAUGAAUUGUUUUCUUAUUUUCAUUGUAGUUGAAUUCUAUUUGCACAUCUGCCUUUAUAAGCUAAACUACAAGAGCUAAAUUAAUCUCUGAUGCAAGAACUGGAUCCACUAAAGAUAGAGAACAGUUUAAAAAUAAAUGUAUUUGUUUAUGUGUAUGUUAUCCUAAACUUAUGAAAUUCUGCUUUAAAUAUUGACCACCCUCAAUUGUAUUCUAGUCACAAUCACUUUUAUUCGUAUCUCUUCCCAUUCUACAUAGUCCAGAAAUGUAAUCUGUAGAAUAAUGUUUUUGUAGAAACAUUACUAUGGUAAAUGACACUACUUUGAGCAAAUUGAAUACAUAUGUGAUUUGCUUGGACUAUUAAACCAUUAGAUUGGUAGUAGUUAAUGGCCAUUUAGCCAUUCAUUGUUGAAACAUGGAUCAGAUUUUCUUUUAAUUAGCAGAUAACUUUUAAAGAAGAGUUAAAUAUUGACAUUCCACCUUAAAAGUUCAUUUACCCUCAUUGCUGCCAUUGGGUUACAUUCUAUUUAUGAUUUCCUAACAAAUUGAUGCUCUGAAAUAAUAUUGCAAUAACAAAUUUACAUUUGAGCAAACUGGCCAUUGAAACAUUGCAAAUUAGAUGAUACAUUGGGUAGAUUCUUGUAGCGUGGAUGUUUGAAGUCAGCAGGAGAAGUGCUCCCAGGAAUUGACAGUACAAAUCUUUACAGCUUGAAAAGGAGAAUUAUUCCAGUGCUCACCAAAACUAAUUCCUCCUUACAAAAACAUUAAUGAAUAUUAAUUGGGGAGAUCCACUGUUUAAUAUGCAAACUGACACUGAGCAAAACAGUAUGGCAAUUGUUAAAUGAUAAUCUUUUUGGAAACUUGUUUUGAUUGGGAAUAUUGGCACAAUGAGAAAUAAUACUGGAAUCUACCUUAAAAUCUAAAUAAAAGAUGAAAAAAUCAGAAAUGGUAAAUUGUGUUACACCGUUUAUCAGAGAAACAGUGAUAGUUAUGCAAACUACCUAUUUGUAUGAUACUUAUUUGGCAAUGGAAGCUGUCAGAUCCCAGAAGUAACUUUUUAGAGUGCAUAUUACUGCAGUUAGCAACAAAACACUAAUUGCUGAGGAGUAGUUAAGUAUUGUGUAGCAUUAUUUGAGCAAUAAAAAUGCCUGCUCAGCUCUUUUAUUGUACUCUUGCAGUUAAAACUUUUGAAAGAUAUUUUGAGGGUUAAGCAGUGUUGGGGCAAGGACUCUUAAAUGUUUCAAAGACAAACUAGGAUUCUCUUGAGUUUUUAUUUCCCACUUUCAUAGGCACAACCUCUUGCUUUUUUUUUUGGAAGCAGAUUGAAGUCUUGUUAACCAUGGUGAGUGUAUGUUGUGUCAUUGUGUUGGUUAAGCUUCCAUAAAUGUUUUCAACUAGAGCUAAUUUUAAAAAAAAAACAUUGAAUGAUGCAAACCUAUCUUGGUUAGAUAUAUUAGAUUAAGUGAAUCAAGUGGUUCUAUUGCUAGGUGUCUAUAUUUAGCUGGAAGUGGCAAUUAUGAAAAUACUACUGAAUUUUUAUUGUGUCCUCCCUUUGUUGAGCCCCACCUAUCCUCCCAUCUGGCCAUAUUCUGAGAUUCCAGGAUUAUUCCUAAAACUGGAAAAAAUUAAUCCCAGAAGUAGUGUUUAAUUAGAGGACAGUGACUUCUCUACUCGUAGGGAGGAGAAUCUCUGCCUGAUGUGCACUGGACUGAGUCCUUCCAAAAAAUGAUGGAUGACCAGAUCAUUGUUUUUUGUACAGAUUGCAUAAUGAAAGGACAUCUGAUUUGAUGUAAAAAUGUGUGAGCAAAGAUGAUGCUUUAAUGAUAUACGUGGAAUAUCCUUCAGUGUAUUGUCUAUACAUUAGCUUGGAUUAUCAAUUCAAAAACAUGGUGCAGAUGUUCUAAGUAUUUACUUCCAUUGACUUUUUCAAAACAGUAAGUGCCACCUUGUGCCAAAAUUAUAAUACAAGUGUGUACUUUGCGCACAAAUAUUUAAACUCCAUGCACCAGGCUAGGGUUAAAACAUUGAAACCAGCAUUUGCAGUUGAUCAACUACAUUUAGGGAUGUCUUCACUUGUACUAUUAAUAACCAUAGUACACUUUUGUAUUAAUGCACAACUUUCCACCUAAGGGAAAUCCUAAUUUUAAAGUGGAAGUAUAGCUUUGGUAUUAAUAGCAACAAAUUCCAGCAUAAUCUUGCCCACUUUAUAGAGACCAGAAAAGUUCCACCUUCUUAUUUCAAAAAUGAAUGUCAAAAGGAUUCUGGUUAACUUAAUGAGGCAAUUUGUCUUUUUUCAUUGUGCUUUGCUACAGAUCACUCCUGUGAUCUGAAUCAAUACCGGCCAUCACUUAAGAAUUGGUGUGAGAUAACUCCAUUGGUUCUGUUGAUUUUAAUACUUGAUAGUAAUCAUAAAUGUAAUACUAAUUGUGCAGUGCAAUCCAUGAGGGAUUAGCAGGUUUUUCUUAAGCGUUGGCUACAGUUAAAUCCUUCAAUCAGGCAAAAUGCUCAUAAUUGUGCUUGGAGCUGCAGGACCCAAAACAUCCAUUGCCUGGUGUACUUGGCUGCUUUAACCAGACAGGCAAAUUUAAGGUGCAUUGGAGCUUUAGUUUGUGUUGUAAACUAACCUUCAAAUUUCUCAUGGCUUGCCAUAGAUUAUGACAGUAGUUCAUUAGUCCGUCAUUAGUUAUGAAAUGUUUCAGGAUGUCUGAAAGUCAUUAAAGUUAAUGUAUAAAUGCAGGCUUUUCAAUUUCAUGGCUGGUAUGUAGAAUGAAGAAUGAGAGUAUGAAUAAAUUUGAUUCUUAUCCAAAUAACAAUGAUGCUUUCUAUUUUGAAACAACAAAAACUGUUGAGUCUUAAGUAUCAUCUUAAGGGGGGGAUAUUGAAGCUACCAAAUGGACCAGCUUUUAAUGUGUGCUGGUGGGGGGAAAAAAAACUGGAUUUAAAUUAAGUAAUGGAAUUGAAACUUGAAAUCUUCACCAAUGCCUUCUGGAUGACUAAGUAUUAUCUGAAUGAAAAAUAGUGAAUGUAUGUUCCUAUUGUGCAUCUAGAAACUGAAGCCUUUUCAAGUGUAAUUAUUCCAAAUAAAAAUACUUCAUAGAUUUCUACAGAGAAACUACAGGUAUUUUUAUGUUAUGUUGAAAUCAUCUUGUGAUUAUCUAUUUAGCUAUCCAACAGUAUUAUAAAUAAUCUUGGAUGCUUUGGUACUAUGCACAUUCAAUCAUUUAUAAUUGAAAAAAGCUGUGAUACUAAGCUUCUGUCUUGUGCUUUGUUACUGUAUGAUUAAGUUGCUCUAUAAUUUGUAUGCAAAAUAUUGUAUUGCAUGAAACAGGUAUCACCAGUUUCGAUCCACCCACCUUGUUUUGCAGUGUAUUUUAAGAAAGCUACAUUGAGAAAAGGUUCAACAACUGUAAAUGCAGAAGGUAGCACCUGCGGUAUUUGGCAAAUCUUGUUUAAUGUGUGGGAAUGAAGUAUUUUUCUACAUCGCUCUUGUUAAUUCACUUACUGGUGAAAAUGAUCCCUGGCAGCUGCAAAUAGAAGAUGUGAAUGGUGAAUCUGUGGUCACCAGCAGUAAAAAGGGUGUUUUGAAUUUUACUCAUUUUUACUCGGUUAAUUCUUGCAGAAGUUUUUAUUUGACAUCUUUUCUGAAUUGCUUUUUUUCCUCUAAUUUUAUACAGAAAAUGUGACUAUGGUUGUGAUAGAUAUUUAAGUAAAGGUGAUUUGUUUUUUUCCCCAGUGAUAUUUACAAUUUGUAUCAGAUGGAGGAAAAACACAAGGCAUAAACUAUUGGUACAAAUGAUAUUUUGCAUUGCGCUUUGGUGAGCAAGACUGUGAGACUGAUAGUUUAUUUUGUUUAAUUUGACACCAGAUUAACAAUGGAACAAGUGCAUUCUUAACCAUACACUCUACCCAAUGGAUAAUCUGCACUUAUUCCUGUGGUUGAAGAUGUUCGAUUAUAGGUACGAAACAAUGGAGUUGGUUUGUAAAGAAAAAUCACAUUUAUAUUUGGAGAUUUCAUUGUUGUUAUUGGGAAGGAAGGGAGAUCAAUUUUUGUUUCAAUAAAAUUUGG